GCCAUGCUUAUAAGACGUGUACAUUGAAUGCCACCUGGUACAUGAACUCUAGAUCAAAUAAAGAGUGGACAGAUUACACUGACUGCUUUAGUAAAGAGCAUUUCUACAGACUGCAUACGGCCGUGAUUGCCUGCAGCGCGGUAACCAUUGCUUUCCUGCUGCCCGCCUGUGUCAUCUUUCUUUAUUACAGGCCUCUGCGGCAACAACAUAGAAUCAGAUUACAUCUCUGCCUAAUGGCUUCGUCUUUUCUAACAUCAGUCUGCUCGUUACUAUGGGAAAUUCUCGUUUUCAAACAGAGUUUAGAGUCAAGCAAACGUAUUCACGACAAAGCUUUUAACUCGAUUGGUUGCCGUUUGCUGAUUCUGUUCAUACGAUACGCUGAACAAGCCUCCUUCAUGUGGAUGUUCAUGGAAGGAUUUCAUCUACAUCGUCUGCUUGUUCGUGCUUUUUCAGUACCCAAGACACUGUUCCCAUACUACAUUUUCGGUUUUGGGUUCCCAGUGUUGCCAGUAGGUCUCUACGCUAUUAUCCGAGGGAUUCACGAGAAUCUCAAUAAAAAUUGCUGGAUCGAACGAGCCGAAGGAUACGAAUGGAUACUUGCGGUACCCAGCCUUGUUGUUCUCGCUGCCAAUGUCAUAUUUCUACUGAGAAUUGUCUAUAUCAUGGUCAGGCAGCUAGAACCACAUCCAAACGAACCAAGUAACUUCAGACGGGCUGUGAAAGCUGUAGUGGUGCUCGUUCCUGUAUUCGGCAUUCAGUUUCUAUUCUUCAUAUACCGACCUGAAGUGACAAGUGAAUUUCACCAAGUGUAUGAACUGCUUAGUAAGAUAUUCUCAGGCUUGCAGGGAUCGUUCGUAGCUGUGGUCUUCUGUUAUUUCAGUAAAGAGGUUCAAGGUUAUUUAAAGUCAUCUUGCUGUAGAAAAAAUGGCCGCCACAACAACCAAUGGCGGUCUCUUACCUUGACAACAAACGUGCCGAUAGCAGAGCCUAAUCGCACUGGAUUAGCGAAUGGUAGUGGUGACUCGCAUCACAUGAUUCCACUUCAGUCAACUGAUCACAAAUAUCGAGCCGCCAUUGAUGAAAAGCAAACAGAAAACCUCAUGAAAAAAAAGGACACCAACGAGAUUUCUGAAUCCAUGGAGGGAGAGUUUCUGUUGUACCAAAAAUAA